CUGCUGUGGGGGAGAAUCGUGGUGGCUGUCCGAUAUAAAGACGCUGGGCAUCCCCCUCCAUUCAGCCAUCCUGUAUCACACGCACCAUCCUCCCCUUUUCUCCUACAUCCCCUGUUCUAUUUCAGGAUCCAUCCACGAGUCUUAUCCUUUCUAUUUUAAUUUCUCUCUUCUUCAUCCACCUUUCUCGUCCACACCAUCCAUCAUAAUGAAGUUCCUUGCCUCUCUUGCCCUGUUGGCGUCUACUGUGGCUGCUAGCCCUAUGCUGUACCCCCGCCAGUCCAGCAACUCCACCCAGUCCUUCUACCUCAAGACCUCGGGCGCUUCCAACGAUAACCACAACAACCUCUACGUUUAUGCCUACCACACCGGUGCGGGAUUCAACGAUGCCGUGCUGACCUCGGAUGUCGGAACGGCCAGCCCGGCCUUCCUCAACGGCACCCACACCCAAUUCGACCUGGGAACUUCCUUCCCUUGGGGAUUCAAGAUGGGCGUCCAGAACAACUACGCAGCAUGGGAGUCUGUCCAGAUCAAUGUUGGAUACGGCGAUGAUGAUUUCUCCAUUGGCACUACCGGUCUGGAGUGGUCGGCACAGGAUGGCUUCGGAGGCUGGCUAGUGUGCGAUUGGUACCACAACGCACCCCAGCUCUUCUACAUCUACCGCUACGAAGAGCCCACUAUUCCUUCCUCCUGCAGCACUGUCGACCUGAAGCCCGAAUAUACUUCCUAGAGACACAACGUCUAGACCUCGCCACUGGGCCUUGUAACAGGGGCUCUAUGACGAGUGUGGCGUGACUGAUGAAUCAUGAUACCGAAGGAUCUGGGAGGAUACGCGCCUCUCCCGGUUUGAAAGGGAAUGCACUCUGUAACAAUACGCCUGUUAAACGAUCGACCUUUACUAAUGUUAAUAUACUUAAUGAUGAGUGAGAAUGAGUUGUGAUGAAUGGGAAGGAAGGUGAUGUAUACGCUAUGCGUGGCAUGUUGCAUAGUCAGGGAUAUCAGGUUUAGAUAAUCUCACGUAAAUAUAUGCAUUUACUACUUACUACUUGGUAUCUUGACAAGAAUGAUAGCUGCAAACCCACAAUAAUAAAAGUAAACUAGAUUGAUGUGCUUCCCAUCCGCCCUUCGCUUAUCGUAGCGGCCAAUAAUUGGCAAUAGUGGCUGCCGGGAUCCGGUUAGUGUUGCAGGUUUGCGGGGACAGCAAACACUUGACUUCUACAUACCACGACGGUAUGGGGAACGGAGUUUCAUUCAUGAAAUGGGACGAGAUGGAUAGAGUCACAGAAUGGCAGACACGGAAUGACUCUUUCGCUAUUACUUUAUACCUGCGACGAGGGAUUAUUUUUCUAUUCUGUGUACGGGAAAGGG